AUUCCUGGCAUAGCAGUAGCUAGUGAGGCAGAUAGUGUGAGCGCAGGAGAGUCAGUCAGUCAGUCUGAUCAGAGCUCUCAGGCUGUACACACUACACAGGCUGCUGCACAGUCCCGACACUGAGGGACAAGCACUGCGCACCGGGACCUGUCCCAGGCUGGCAAUCUCCUGCUGCUACUGCACACAUCUGCUAUGAUCUGGGUCUUCACAACAGUUUCAUAAACCAGCAGGACUUUUGGGUAAAGGAUUAUCCAGUGUUAUCACUUUCUGUGGUGGGAUUUAUAUUUGUCCAUUGUGCGAGAUGAGAACAGCGGAGGAUUCGUCUGGAACGGUUCUUCACCGCCUUAUUCAGGAGCAACUAAGAUAUGGCAACCUGAGUGAGAAUCGCACAUUGUUGGCCAUCCAGCAACAGGCUUUACGGGGAGGAGGGGGUACUGGAAGUCCUAGAUCAUCCCUGGAAAGCCUUGAGCAAGAGGAGAUGCAGGGUAGUCCUUCAACAAGGCAGGAACCUCAGGGGCAAGAGCACCAUUGUGACCAUUUCUACUUGGAAAACCCUAUGUACAAAGCUCAUGAGUUCCAACAUAAGGGUGAGGAACUUCCAACCUAUGAAGAAGCCAAAGCUGCCUUAUCUCAAUAUUACACAGCUCAAAAUGUUCAGAAGGUAGAACACGCUUCUCAACGACAAGACCAGUCCCUUAUGGAGCUGAAGCAUGGUCAUGUCAGGUCUCUGAGCGAAAGGUUGCUGCAGAUGUCUCUAGAACGCAAUGGUGCCAAGCCACAAAACCUCAUGAGCUCCUCACUCAGCUAUCCUCAGCUCUCUAGGCAGUACCAGCUGUCGGUAGCUCGCGGACAACAAGAGGGAGUACAGUACAGGAAUGCUCCACCUGAGUACCCAAAUUAUGGACAACCUGACCCUACCAUCCGUGGCUAUGCAUCAGAGCAGAGGCGCUAUUCUGGAGAUCUCCCUUUAUACCCUCAACCUGAAGUUAGGGUGAUGCCCGAGAACAAUAUGCACUAUGGUCAGAUGGCGGCUUUUAACGUUACGGGCUCUCACAUGGCGCGAAUGGAUGCUCUGCUGCGAGAGAAUGAAACAUUGCGCAGGGAACUUGAGAAUUACAGUGAAAAAGCCGUCAGAAUCCAGAAGCUGGAGACAGAAAUCCAGCGGAUCUCGGAAGCUUAUGACAGUCUCAUGAAAGCGUCCUCUAAGCGGGAGUCACUUGAGAGUGCCAUGAGGACCAAGAUGGAAGGAGAGAUGAGACGCAUGCAGGACUUCAACCGCGACCUGAGAGAACGUCUGGAAUCUGCACACAAACAGCUGUCAGCCAGGAGCGCAGAACAGAGGGAAGACAAUCAGGGAGCAGUAUCCAAGCUGCUUGCUCAGUGCCGUGAACAGCAGCAAGAUAAAGACAAACUGGAGAGAGAGAUCAGCCUCCUGCGCAGUGCUAAUGAGGACCAGCGUCGCAGAGCAGAAUUGUUGGAAAAAGCUCUAAGUAAUGCUCAGUCCACCGCCGCUCGCACUGAAGAUGAACUGCGCAAGAAGCGGGCGUAUGUAGAAAAGGUGGAGAGACUACAACAGGCAUUGAGUCAACUGCAAGCUGCCUGCGAAAAGAGAGAACAUCUGGAACUGCGCCUGCGGACAAGGCUGGAGCAAGAGCUAAAGAACUUAAGGGCUCAGCAGAGGCAACCGUUGGCUCAGAAUGGAGGCCUUUCUCCCGAGUUGUCUGCCCAAGUACUCUCUGAGCAGCUGAGGGAGAAAGAAGAACGGAUACUGGCUCUGGAGGCGGACAUGACGAAGUGGGAGCAGAAGUAUUUGGAGGAACGGACCAUGCGCCAGUUUGCGAUGGAUGCCGCAGCCACUGCCGCAGCGCAGCGGGACACUACCAUCAUCAACCAUUCACCUCGCCACUCACCAAACAAUAGCUUCAACGAGGACCUUCUGAUGGUCAACCAUAGGCACCAAGAAAUGGAAAACAGAAUCAAGGCUCUUCAUGCCCAGAUACUGGAGAAAGAUGCUGUUAUCAAAGUCUUGCAGCAACGCAAGCCCUACCAGAGCCCAUUGCGACCCGCUAAGUCAGUGCCUUCCAUCUUUACUCCAUCUGUGCCGACCCCAAACUCAGCGGCUGGUGAACCACAAGUGAAUACGUCGCAAGGAGCAACAGUAAGCAAACCAAACUGUCUGCCAUCUGCCAGCGUUGGCAUUUUACCGGUUCACUCCAAACAUGGCAGCAAAGAUGGCAGCACCCAGACAGAGUCUUCUUCUGAGAAAACAACCAUGACCGAUUUGGACAGAAACACCUCUUCACUAGAAUCUACUUCUAAAAGCUCCAACAUUUCCGACAUGGUAGAGAUUCUCAUCUGAGUCACCGUCCUCUUGGGCUAACGCCUCUGCGUUGAGAAAAGUCUUACACGAUCGAGGAUCGUAGCUGGGUUGAUCAGCUAUAGUCCACAGGCAAAGAAUACAGUAUUCAGUCUGUAAUAAUGAGGUGCUCUUGGAGUUGGGACAAGGAACGUUACAGCUCAGAUACUCCAACCUAGAAUGCCGUUGGACUUUAAGAGUCGCUCGGCACACCAACCUGAGCUAUGGCUGAGAAGACUAGAAGAUACUCGUUAUUUUAACUUAAUCUGAGGUCGAAAACACUCGCUGACUUCAGUUAAUGUGAUAAAGUGGUUGUGGUUUCUGAUCUCCAUCUCAACCUCAAGACUUUAAUUCACAUGGACACAUACUCUGGGGGAAGAAGAAGAAAGUCAUUUUGGCUUUGGAGAGCCGAGGGCCAAUCCCUUUUGCUGCUAGAAAUACCUACAGAAUACUGCAGGGGUUUGAAGUGGUUUAAAGUUACUGGACUCUUGUCCUAAACAUUUUUCAUGUAAAUACUUGUGUUUAUUUUUAUAAAUCCCCCAUUGUCACUAUUUAUACAGCUCUGUUUUCGCUCUGUUUUCAUGACUCUCUAAGGUCUACUUUGAAGUUCUAGCAAGAUAUUAGGAUUUAUACAUACGUGGAGGCUCAUAGGUUGAUGGACACAAAAGCAUUUAGCUUACAUAGGCCUGCCAAUGCAAGGGCAAGCCAGAACGUUACUCCCUGUACAUCUCCAAAAAAAACCUAUAAUGUAUUUAUUUUAUAUUAUGAAAACGAUUUCCCCCGCCGUCCUUCUCUCUCUUAUGCUGCUAUUGCUGGUCAACAGUGGCUAUUGUUCCACUCAAUUCCUGUGCAUUGUUUACAGAAUUAGAUCAGCCGACAAUUGCAUCAAGCAAUUUACUAAAGAUUUUUCUUAUUUAGAAAUUAUUGCCCCUUCCUCUAACCCUAAGCUCACCAGAGAAGAGUAAAUGCUUUCUUUCUGACAGUGAAAUGGGUUACAAAUGUAAUAUAUAUAUAUAUAUAUAUAAUUUUUUUUUUUUUUUUGGUAUUUGUUAUUUUGCCUAUCUGCGCUGUGAAAGUCUGUUUUAUUCCAAAGAUGUAUGAAUCUGAUAUAUAUUUUUUGUGAGUUUACUUAAGUUAUCGAAAGUAUUUAAAGAAGUAAGCGUGGCUGUUGUUUCUUAAUAUUAUUCUGCUUAUUAUAUGCUGCCUGGAUGCCAUGUGGUCCUGCUGUUGCAGACCAGACUUUUGUUAUUUUAAAUAUGAAAUUAAAUACAUUUUAAAACUAAA